UUAGUGAACAGAUAGACUUUUCACAAUAAUUCUAACAAAUCAAUUCAUUUUUGGGCUUGUGGGAUGUGAAAAGUAUCAGUUUCUUUUUAAUGUGUCCAGAAAAUAACAAUUCAUUCUAUUCUUAGGAAUCUACCAAAUAAAUAUGUCAGGACAUUCAAAAGGUCAAGUGGUGAAUAUUCCUGUGAAUCGUGAACCAAGAUCAUUUGAGAAACAAAGACGUGAUCUAUUGACAAGUUUGGAAAGUGGAAGUAAUAGUACUAGUGUUAGUAGUAGUCAUCCUGGGAAGUCUCUUACACAAUAUCAUGAAGACUGGUCCAGAACAGUUAACAAUUGGGUUAAUUCAACUAGGAAAAAAUGGGAUGAAGAUAUGAAUCGGUUGAGGAAAGGAAUGUUUGAAUUAUUGGUGAGUUAUUAUUAUUAUUAUUGUUAUGCCUAGUUUUAUCCUUCAUAAUAAUUA